AUGGAGUGUAGCCAACUAGUUGUUAGUUUUAGGAUACGGGCCUUAUCCCGCCCAGUAGCAGAGCCACCUCUAAUUCUCACAAAAUUUUUGCUACGUCAACUGACAAUUUUACAGGGAUUCUGUUGUAACUUUAUGACAUCAGCCCAAAAACAUUUGCAUACUACCAGUCUAACAACCUUCCCUGAUACUAGUCCUCCAACAUUGCAUACUACCAGUCUAACAACCUUCCCUGAUACUAGUCCUCCAACAUUGCAUACUACCAGUCUAACAACCUUCCCUGAUAUUAGUCCUCCAACAUUGCAUACUACCAGUCUAACAACCUUCCCUGAUACUAGUCCUCCAACAUUGCAUACUACCAGUAUAACAACCUUCCCCGAUACUAGUCCUCCAACAUUGCAUACUACCAGUCUAACAACCUUUCCUGUUACUAGUCCUCCAACAUUGCAUACUACCAGUUUAACAACCUUCCCUGUUACUAGUCUUCAAACAUUGCAUACUACCAGUCUAACAACCUUCCAUGAUACUAGUCCUCCAACAUUGCAUACUACCAGUCUAACAACCUUCCCUGAUACUAGUCCUCCAACAUUGCAUACUACCAGUCUAACAACCUUCUCUGAUAUUAGUCCUCAAACAUUGCAUACUACCAGUCUAACAACCUUCCCUGAUACUAGUCCUCCAACAUUGCAUACUACCACUCUAACAACCUUCCCUGAUAUUAGUCCUCCAACAUUGCAUACUACCACUCUUACAACCUUCCCUGUUACUAGUCUUCCAACAUUGCAUACUACCAGUCUAACAACCUUCCCUGUUACUAGUCUUCCAACAUUGCAUACUACCAGUCUAACAACCUUCCCUGACAUUAGUCCUCCAACAUUGCAUACUACCAGUCUAACAACCUUCCCUGAUAUUAGUACUCCAACAUUGCAUACUACCAGUCUAACAACCUUCCCUGAUAUUAGUACUCCAACAUUGCAUACUACCAGUCUAACAACCUUCCCUGUUACUAGUCUUCCAACAUUGCAUACUACCAGUCUAACAACCUUCCCUGUUACUAGUCUUCCAACAUUGCAUGCUACCAGUUUAACAACCUUCCCUGAUAUUAGACUUCCAACAUUGCAUACUACCAGUCUAACAACCUUUCCUGUUACUAGUCCUCCAGUAUUGCAUAGUACCAGUCUAACCUUCCCUGAUACUAGUCCCCCAACAUUGCAUACUACCAGUCUAACAACCUUCCCUGAUAUUAGACCUCCAACAUUGCAUACUACUAGUCUAACAACCUUCCCUGAUAUUAGACCCCCAACAUUGCAUACUACCAGUCUAACAACCUUUCCUGUUACUAGUCCUCCAACAUUGUAUACUACCAGUCUAACAACCUUCCCUGAUACUAGUCCUCCAACAUUGCAUACUGCCAGUCUAACAACCUUCCCUGAUACUAGUCCUCCAACAUUGCAUACUACCAGUCUAACAACCUUCCCUGAUAUAAGUCCUCCAACAUUGCAUACUACCAGUCUAACAACAUUAUCCUACAUUUAG